AUGAAGAGUACUAGAAGAGGUCUCGCGGUGGACUCCGCAUGGCGCAGGACCUUGAGCUUGGGACGUCCGUGUUUCCCGGCUCGCAGACACAUCUGGACGCUCUGCUUAGAAACCUCUACGACUUUGACCAAAACUAACAUCCAUGAGAAAGACAUGAGUAUACAAGAAUUUAACUUAGAAAAGGCACGUUUGGAAGUGCACCGGUUUGGGAUCACAGGUUAUGGAAAAGGAAAGGAAAGAGUCCUGGAACAGGAACGCGCCAUUAUGCUGGGUGCUAAGCCUCCUAAAAACAGUUAUGUGAAUUACAAGGUUUUCCAGGAGCAAAUCAAAGGAAAAAGGGCAGCAAAGGAGGAAGAACAGAGAAUGGCCCAGGACACAGAUAUUUUCAAGAAAAAGAAGAGGAAAGGGCAGGAAGACAGGAAACUCAAAAAGAAGAAAUCAGCUCCCAUUUUGUCAAGUGGACAGAGUGGACAGGUUGGAAAAUUCAAAAAUGGGACAUUGAUUCUGAGCCAAGUUGAUAUCAAGAAAAUUAAUUCUUCCCGAGUGGCUAAAUGAAGUACUUUGUAACAUAAAGAGAGGACUGGGAAAGUGCCAUUAUACUGAAACUGGACUCCUGCGAGACUUCUAGAUUAUUAUUUAUUUUCAAUACAUAGACUUUAAAUUUUAGGGAAAAAAUAAAUUAUAAAUAAUAAA